AUGCUCCCCUCGCCCCUCACCCACGCGCUGCCAUCACCACCCCUUGCGAGCAACCAGCAGCGCGCGCCCGGCAGCUCAAGCACACGUGUGUGCGCGCUCUCUCUCUCUCUCUCUCUCUCUCUCUCUCUCUCUGUCUCUCCCUCUCUCUCUCUCUGUCUCUCUCUCUCUCUCUCUCUCUCUGUCUCUCUCUCUCACUCUCACCUUUGGCAUUCACCUGGAUCCCACUACGCCCCACCCCCCCCGCCGGUGGACUUGAAACACCUCAUUGGUCACGCUCACCCGUGGCUCGAGCCAGCAGAGCCGAGUGAGCAGCCUGAAUCGGUUGGGCUGACAGAGUCGACGAGCAGGGAGCAGAGAACAGACUCGCCUGCAAGCAUGGCGGCUCCACCAAACAGUUCAGACACGGCGCCCGCCGCUGGAAAUCUGCAGCGGAUGACCGCCAUCCAGAUUGAUCUGGACGAAGGAUCAACCGAUACGGACGCACCUUUGCCGGCCUCGCAGCAGCAGCAGCAGCAGCAUCAGCAGCAAGCUUUGCCGCAAGAGACCACAAAACAGAACCCCGGCCUCCUCUCGCCCCGCCCUGAAAAGACAGGCAGUCGGAACAAGGGGUCCAAAGCAUCCCCGGCUCAUCAUCGCGGGCAUCGCUUGCACCGCUCCGAUGAAACCUCUCUCAUUAAUGUUACCAAUCCCGAUGAUCCCUUUGCGAAGAAUCCAUCAGCGUCCCACUCCCAUCACCAACGGCACCACAGCACCGCUGCUCCCAGCAGCCGUCGCUCUCUGGAUCGCAACGCCUUUAGCUUCAGCCACUACCGCAACGAAUCCCUCGAAGAGGAUGAUGACCUUGUCAACGGUCCCCUCUCAACCAGCAGCCGUAGCUUGCGCCUCAGCCUCCUUCCAGCUCACCACACCUUUCCACACGACAAGGAGCUUCAGCACGCCCUCGUCGCGUCCUCCCGCAGCUUGCACGAGAACAGCAGCACACCUCCCCCUCUCCACAGCCCCAAAAGCCCCCGGCGCCCCCGCGGCCACACCCGCAACAAGUCUGUUGGUGGCCAGCCCUCCCAAUACCCCGUGCGCCCCAGUGAACUGCGAUCGGCCCCCAAUCGACACCACACCAUUUCGGCCCCAAUCAGACCACCAACUCGCCGCAGCCCCUUCACCAACAACCUGACUCUCCGUUCGGUGCCUUUCUACCUGCGCGUAACACCACCCCUUCACCAAACCCAGAGAUCGGUCCCGGCAUCAUCUCUCUGGAUGACGCACCGUUUCUCCGUCAAGUCUCUAUGGCACGAGACACAUGUAAGCGGGUCCGGUGGUGUGUGUGUGUGUGUGUGUGUGUGUGUGUGUGUGUGUGUGUGCACGCACGCACGAAGGGAGGGGGGCGGGGGGCAAGCCGAAGAGGCACAUGUUCAACAGCCAGCAGCCCCAUAG